CUCAACCUGCGUGUGAUCCCGUUGACUCGCUGCCUUGCUGCCAGGGCACGCACAGGCACACGCAAGGCAAGCGAGCAAGCACCAAGGAACGAUGCAGGUGUCUACCGAGAAGGCUAUUGCUGCUCCCGUGGCCACCAUAGCUUCGAGCUUCUCCAGCAGCAGCGCUACACUCGCCGGCAGUACCAACAAUAAUGUCGAAGACCGGAUCGAGCCCACACGCACCAAAUACUCGCUGUAUCCACCGCUGACGCCGAAGAGACCCUCCGCGACAUCCGGCGCCCUCGCCCUGGCCAUCCCCCUCCCUGCCCGCGCCAGCCGUGUCGUAGAGCAGAUGUACUCCGCAGCGACAUCAUCGACGACGACGGCGACAACUAGAUCUUCCCCAAGCGCCGCUACUCAUACCACCACCGCCGCCGACUACGCCUCCCCCGCCUCCGUCUCCAUCAACCCAGCGGCCAUACCCACUCGCACCUCGAGCAGCAACGCCGUCUCACACAACUCCGAGCACACGCCUAGUCCAGGCAGCACCAAGAAGUCGCUCAGGAAAAAUCGCAGUCUUGGUCGUUUGGCCGAAUUUGACGAGCGUGAGUGGAUGGCACAGGGCAAGCAUCACCGGCUUGCGCAUAGUCCUUCAUCCAUGUCCGACCUCAAGAACUCGCCGCCCAUCGGCCAAGACCUGAUCAACGGCCACAACACGAGCUGGAGCACGGAGAAAGAGAAUAUUCUGAAGGGACCUUUUGUCUAUCUGGAAUCACACCCGGGCAAGGACAUCCGCUCACAGAUGAUCAGUGCUUUUAACGAAUGGCUGCAAGUCCCGCCCGCCUCGCUCCAGGUCAUCACGCGAGUCGUCGCUAUGCUGCACACGGCUUCGCUAUUGAUCGAUGAUGUUGAGGACAGCAGUCAACUGCGGCGCGGCGUACCCGUUGCACACAUCAUCUUUGGAACGGCGCAAACGAUUAAUAGUGCCAAUUACGUCUAUUUCUGCGCGCUGAAAGAACUGCUCACAUUGAACAACCCCGAAGUCCUCCGUAUAUAUACCGAGGAACUUCUGAACCUACAUCGAGGCCAAGGCAUGGACCUUUUCUGGCGGGACACCUUGACAUGUCCGACAGAAGACGACUACCUGGAAAUGGUAGGCAACAAAACCGGAGGCCUUUUCCGAUUAGCCAUCAAAUUAAUGUGCGCCGAAUCUCCCAAGCAGAAUGCUGCACCAGCAAGCACCUCCUCAACCUCGAGACCUCACGCUCCCGUGGAUUACAUCCCACUGGUAAACACCAUGGGCCUCCUCUUCCAAAUCCUCGACGACUACAAAAACCUCAGCGACACAAUCUACACACAAAACAAAGGCCUAUGCGAAGAUCUGACCGAAGGCAAAUUCAGUUUCCCAGUAAUCCAUGCCAUCCGAUCCGACCCAUCGAAUCUGGUUCUGAUCAAUAUCCUCAAACAAAAGACGCAAGAUGACGACGUCAAAAAGUAUGCGGUGGCGUAUAUGGAACGCUGCGGCAGCUUUUCGUAUUCGAGGCGAGUCUUGAGGGGUUUGACGAAGAAGGCCUUGAGCCUGGUGGAUGAGGUUGAUGGAGGGCGGGGGAGAGGCGAGGCUGUGAAGAGGAUUUUGGAGAGAUUGCGUGUGGAUAAGCAUUCGCGAGCGAGUCAUUCGGCGUAAAUUUGCCUUCGGCUGUGAAGAAUGAAAAUUGGUGGGAAUUUGUGCUGGACGAUGGAUGGCAAGGUUUCUAUUUCGUGCUGCACUUGAGCAAGCUAUGCAGGAUUUGAGUGUAAGGUGGAUACCCCCUUUGAAUCUGAUGAAGAGCUGUGGUCAUGGUCGUUG